AUGAUUCCUUGUCUGGUUCUAACAGUUUUGCUCACCAUCGCUUCGCCGCAUUUCUGCGAAGGAGGAAGUCUCGACGCUAACUACGCUGAAAGCUCCUCGCAGUCAUUUAAAACACCUUGUUGGUUGUGUGAAGUACCAAAGUGUAAAGAAUGUUUAACAAGCCAGUGGACUCAAUGGGGUUCAUGCUCGUCUCCUUGCGGAAAAAAAGGAUACCAGUCGAGAACUAGGCUCGUCCAUCAUCCGUCAUCUUGUCCAAAUGGAUCGUGCACACAUGUGUUACCAAAGGAAUGGCGGCCAUGCAACAGAUUUUGUCGCAAUGGAGGGAUACCGAAUCGAUGGUUUUGCUCGUGUCCGUUAAAUUACAUUGGCGAUUGCUGUGAAACAGGUUUGUUAGUUUGUGUUAAGAACUGACAUCGAUCGACUUCAAUCAUUAUAAUUUCAAAUAUCAAAUCCAGUUAAACUGAUUUCAAUAUUCUUUACAAUUCCAAAAUUCUAGUUGAAAUGGUGAAAGCAAAUUGAGUGUCACACGAAAAAAAACAAAACAGCGAUGGAGGCGAAGAGAGUAUAUUUUAGUUCAACCUUAAGUUACAUAGAGCGUAGUGAAUCACCAAAGCUAGUUGCUUGCCAUCAGAUCAACUAUUAAGACAAGGGAGUAACUCAGGAUAUAACUUUUCCAAGGCCUUCUAGGUGAUUCUGAACUUACUUUAUCGACCAGAUUUUUGUGUUUGAUCAGACUUACUCGACCGACCAUAUAGCACCCUCCCCUUCACAACUUCUCUGCCACAUCCUAGCAAUAACCAAAGACACGCUUCAACAAAACAUCUUUUUACCCUCUAAAAUAAUAAUGAACGUAAAAAAGUAUCAAGCGAGUCCUUUCAAAGAUUGGAGUCUUCGUUUAAAUGUCGCAUGGUAGGGUUUUGCCAACAGACUCAAAAAUUGUCUACAACAGGUCAAUAUUAACAUUUAACCAGGACCUAUAUAAUUAAAUGGUCAGGUUGUCAACUUCACUGUCUGACUUCCCACAAAUUAAUAACCUAAGGAUGGAACAUUCUAUUGGCAAUAAGAAAAAAGGGGAACGCAGAUGUUCUUUAAACUGAUAUUUGAUAUAAUUUAAGUAGCAAAAAGGACGAUCCUUUCCUGUUUAUUUGUCAUGCAUAGAGGUUAAUUUGUCGAUUCCCUUGUAGAAUUUUUGGGGUGGAGCAGGUGGGGAGACUGGAGCAAAUGCAGCAAGUCGUGCGGUUCCGGUGUACAAGAGCGCAUGCGCAUGUGUAUUGGGUCAAUACAGUCCAACGCGUCUGCAUGUGGUGGAGCGUGCAAUGGGCCGAGUGUGGAGACUAGAGCUUGCAACCCGAAAGACUGUUCAGGUAUUCCGCUUGUAUACUUUUGUGAUGUCGUUAAAAUGUUCUGCGCUAGCGAAGACGCACAGUUUAAAUUCUAUUAUUUUACUUUCUUUUAUAACAACUACACUUGAUUCCUCAAACUGGUUGAUUCGUACACAAGGUAGGGUUGGGCGUGGGUUAGGGUGAUAUAUUGAAGGCCUUCGAGUACGAAUCCUACUCAUUCUUUAAAUUUCGAACAUUUCGACCCCAGAAGGAUGUCAGUUUUGGAUGGAAUGUGAUUAAAGGGACUCAAACUUGCGCGUGACAGUGAAGGCCUUCGUUUUGUUCGUCGACCCCAGAAGAGAUUUGGGAAUGAGAUUAAAGGGAAAUCUAAAGUAAAAUUCACGUUAUGAUACAAAUCAAGUCUAAUUUAGAACAAAAUACACCCUACUAGUGAGAAAGGCUAAUGUAUCACAGAAGCGGCUCGUAGAGAACAGAAGUUAGAGGAACGCUACAGAAUACUUGAUGAAAAAACAGCUGACCUUUCAAAAGUCAAAUCAAAUGAGGAAUCUCGCACACGAAUAUCGCGCAAAUCACGUACCGAAUGUCACGCUAUGAUUGUGAUUUUUUUAUGAGGUUUUGAACACAAGUGAAAAAUGGGAGGUCCCGUCACCCGUCUUUCUCAACACCCCACCCCCACCCCCCUCCACCACACCACUUUCUUUUCUUUCCCUUUUUAUCAUUUUCAGUUGAGUUCGAGUCGCUUGGAUGCUUCAAAGACAGCAGGCCUCGCUCUCUUCCUUUGCUCGUUGAAAACCUUCGGAAAUACAUUGACUGGAACGACAUGACUAAAACAGUGAGAGCAUGCGCGGAACUAGUCCAGAGGCGUGGUCUUGCCAUAUUUGGUAUCCAGUUUUAUGGGGAAUGUUGGAGUGGAGUGGACGCCUGGAAGACAUACGACAAAUACGGACCUUCCAAGAACUGCUGGAGUGGGGUUGGAAGGGAGGGAAGCUACUUCGUUUAUAAGUUUAAAGAGUAA